AUAUGACGACCAUAAUGGCGGUGGCAGAGCCGUCGCAUCAUAAACCAAACCUCCGUUGGGAUGCUCUCACGCCUACCAUCAUUACAACCACACUUGCGACAGCUGUAGUGAUAUUGAGGCUCAUUGUACGAUGCAAGUUUGUCAAGGCUGUAGGCUUUGAUGAUUUUGUCAUUAUGGUUNUCUUUUCUUGGCUUGUUCUUGGUCUUACUGUGGCCAUGGUCAUGACAGGAUUCGGCAGCUACUCCUGGUCCAACCCAUUGGAUCUCCACUCUACGACAGCCAAACUAUUCCUCAGUUGGAACGUCCUCUACGUCGCCCUGAUCCAUGUCACCAAAGCUUCGAUCCUUACUCAAUACUUGCGCAUCUUUCCCACUCGCACAAUGCGACGGCUCACGUGGCUCCUCUUCGCUACUCUCGUGCCCUCUGUGCUCUGGGGUGUUUUUGCUUCCAUCUUCAUCUGUGAUCCGGUCAGAAAAGUGUGGCGACCGAUGGUGCCUGGCCACUGCCUAGGGACAAGAACGUAUUGGCUGAGUGCCACGGCUGUGAAUAUCGUGCUCGACUUUGCAGUGCUGGCAUUGCCGAUGCCUGUCAUAUCACGCUUGAAAUUGCCGAAGAGGCAGAAGAUCGCGCUGGUGGGCGUCUUCUUGUUGGGCUUUUUUACGUGUGCGGUAUCGGUUGUCAGGCUCGUGCUGGUGCACAACGCGUACGCUCGACACGACUUUACAGCAUCUUCGGCAGAAGCAGUGACAUGGUCGAUGGUCGAAGCCAACGUCGGCAUAAUAUGCGCCUCUCUGCUCGCCUUGAAACCACUCAUCGUCUACUUGUUCCCACAAGCCACCAAAGAACGGCAAGCGCCCCGAUGGAGCUUGACACUUAAUACGGUACCCACAGCUGAAGCGACUGAGCCUGACUCAGAGAAGGGACAAGUCGAACAAGAAGAGCCAGUUGCACCAAAGUCCAUGUCGAGUACAGACAGGUUGGAAAAGAUAACGGAAGAGCUUGAAGACUCUGACGAGUUGACGCUUGUUGGCACGCGACAGAGUUGCAUGCGUACAGAUAUGAGACAAGAAAGGAGCAGGAGCUGGAGCGAGCAGACUAUACUUGACAUGGAAGGGGCUAUAGCCAGACCUACGCCGGCAGCUACGAGUCCGUUGACGGCACACAUGCGCGAGGAGGAGUUGGACGAGCAGAGGGCGGCGCUGGACAGGCAAGGGUCGAAGCCUGGGAGAGGUCUCGAUGGA